AUGGACGGUGCUGUUGGUCAGGGCGGAUCUCUGCCCGGCUGUGGGGAUCUAUCUAUCUUUGCCUAUCCGCCGCAUUAUAUUGUAAUAAAGGAUGAACAAUGUGAUACUGCGUCAGCUGACACAUCGGGAGCUGACAAACGGCAACCAGGUGCAGGAAGUACAACCAACAGGACACAGCGCGAGUCUCGACGAGAGUCAGCGUCACGGAGUGGUCAGGGUCCACUCCAAUGUGAUGUUUGUGAUAGACGUUUUAAAUUUAAAUCAGAUUUUGACCGACAUUAUAGAACUCACACUGGCGAAAAACCUUAUGAAUGUUACGUGUGUCAACGCAGAUUUAAUGAGAGGAGUAAGUUAAAAAGACACCUUAGAACUCAUACUGGUGAAAAACCUUAUGAAUGUGACGUGUGUCAACGUCGAUUUAAUGUAAAGAGUAAUUUAUUAAAACACCGUAGAACUCACACUGGCGCAAAACCUUAUGAAUGUAACGUGUCUCACCGCAGAUUUAAUACGAGGAGUAGUUUAAAAAGACACGUUAGAACUCAUAUUGGUGAAAAACCUUAUGAAUGUGACGUGUGUCAACAUCGAUUUGUUCAGAAGAGUGAUUUAACAAAACACAGGAGAACUCACACUGGCGAAAAACCUUAUGAAUGUGACGUGUGUCAACGCAGAUUUAAUGAGAGGAGUAAGUUAAAAAGACACCUUAGAACUCAUACUGGUGAAAAACCUUAUGAAUGUGACGUGUGUCAACGCGGAUUUAAUGAGAGGAGUAAGUUAAAAAGACACCUUAGAACUCAUACUGGUGAAAAACCUUAUAAAUGUGAUGUGUGUCAACUCAGAUUUAAUGAGAGGAGUAAGUUAAAAAGACACCUUAGAACUCAUACUGGUGAAAAACCUUAUGAAUGUGACGUGUGUCAACGCAGAUUUAAUGAGAGGAGUAAGUUAAAAAUACACCUUAGAACUCAUACUGGUGAAAAACCUUAUAAAUGUGACGUGUGUCAACUCAGAUUUAAUGAGAGGAGUAAGUUAAAAAGACACCUUAGAACUCAUACUGGUGAAAAACCUUAUGAAUAUACUGCGUCAGCUGACACAUCGGGAGCUGACAAACGGCAACCAGGUGCAGGAAGUACAACCAACAGGACACAGCGCGAGUCUCGACGAGAGUCAACGUCACGGAGUGGUCAGGGUCCACUCCAAUGUGAUGUCUGUGAUAGACGUUUUAAAUUUAAAUCACAUUUUGACCGACAUUAUAGAACUCACACUGGCGAAAAACCUUAUGAAUGUGACGUGUGUCAACGCAGAUUUAAUGAGAGGAGUAAUUUAGAAAGACACCUUAGAACUCAUACUGGUGAAAAACCUUAUGAAUGUGACGUGUGUCAACGCAGAUUUAAUGAGAGGAGUAAGUUAAAAAGACACCUUAGAACUCAUACUGGUGAAAAACCGUAUGAAUGUGACGUGUGUCAACGCAGAUUUAAUGAGAGGAGUAAGUUAAAAAGACACCUUAGAACUCAUACUGGUGAAAAACCGUAUGAAUGUGACGUGUGUCAACGCAGAUUCAAUGAGAGGAGUAAGUUAAAAAUACACCUUAGAACUCAUACUGGUGAAAAACCUUAUAAAUGUGACGUGUGUCAACUCAGAUUUAAUGAGAGGAGUAAGUUAAAAAGACACCUUAGAACUCAUACUGGUGAAAAACCUUAUGAAUGUGACGUGUGUCAACGUCGAUUUAAGGUGAAGAGAUAUUUAACUAAACACCGUAGAAAUCAUACUGGUUUAUAA